AUGCAGAUGUGUCUUGCGUCCGAAUUGUUUCGUAUUGAAGGCAGCAGCGUCAUGGCGUCGUGGUACUCUUCCUCAGACAGCGACGACACCUAUACUUCUCAUGAGUCUCGUGCUAAAGUUGACCUUGCUUACCGUAACCUCGAUGUCGCUGCUGUGUCCACGUGUUUGGAAGAUGAUGCCAGCAUCAUCAGUUUGAACCUUGCUGGAAACUCUUUGGACUCCAUACCACCUGAAGUAGGACGGUUUGACGCGUUGAGAAGUCUGGAUUUGAGCAAUAAUAGGGUCAGUUUGCUGAAUGAGAAAGUGCUCAGACUAGUUAUUCUGUACCUCGGAGGAAAUGAGCUGAAAGCUGUGCCAAAUGAAAUUGGAGAACUGGAGCAAUUGGAAACACUUGGCUUGUGUGACAACUCAAUCACCAGCAUCCCUUGGACAGUGUGCAAGCUCAAGUCAUUGUGCUCUCUGCUGUUGCACAACAACCAACUCCAGACUUUACCCAGGGAAAUCCUGACUCUACGGAUGCUGUCUGAGUUGAGCUUGAGAGGAAACCCAUUGGUGCUGAGGUUUGUGAGGGACAUGAUCUAUGACCCUCCAUCCCUCUUGGAACUGGCUUCAAGGGUUGUCAAAGUUCACAGGGUGCCAUUUGAAGAGCAAGACUUGCCAAGGACCAUUCUGGAAUAUUUGUCCACUGCUAGGCAGUGUGUGAACCCAAAAUGUGCAGGAGUGUAUUUCGAUACCAGAGUGGGGAACAUAAAGUUUGUGGACUUCUGUGGCAAGUACAGAAUACCCCUUUUGGAGUUCCUGUGCUCAACCUAUUGCACCAGGACACCAUACAGACCCAUCAGAAUGCACAAGGAAGAACCCAGUGAUGAAGCUCCAGUGCCUGAGGACAGGAUUAAGAAAGUUCUGCUGGGAUAAACACAAUUCAUUGCCAUUUUUCAAACAUGGAAUAAUACUGAUGGGAGAUGAGACUAACUUGUGACAUUUGAUUGUGAUUCAUGAACUGAGCUCUUUAUGGGAGGAUAUUGCAAGUACACUACCCCGUGCUGCUGUGAGAA